AUAUAAAUUUCUAUUUCAAGCCCCAUACACACUGAUCUACAAUCUCCUCCUCACACACCAAUAUCUACAGUGUUCUUGUUUAACUAACUAGGCUCUUUCUACAUGAAUUGCUUAGUCUUGCCGGUAUCAUUGAUCCGAAGACGCUUCACACGGUAUUACCCCUUAACCAAAGAUGAUGAUCAAGAUUUGGACAAAGAAUUAGAAUCCCACAAAGCUGUGACAGUGGCGGUGGGAAGAGAGAAGAGGGUGUUCCUCGUGGACCCUUUCAUACUACAAGAGAACCAAUUUCGAAUUUUGAUGGAUCACACCUCCAUGAAGAUGGAUCAAGGGGAUAAGGAGGAUCAUCACCAUCAUCUCGGUUUCUCAACAAAACAACAUGGAGUGGUCUUUGUUGAUGUUGAUACCAUUUUGUUUCAGCACAUGUUGUGGCUUGUGCAUAAUGAUUACUCUUCUUUGUGCAACCUCAAUUUGAAGGAAAUUAUUGAUUUCUAUGCUCACGAUGCAGUAUGGUAACUUGUCUUGUCUAGCAAACGUAAUUAUAUAUGCCGAAACAAUUCUAAGGAGAAAUUUCUAUAAGUAAUUAUUUAGUUUUAGAAAUUAAUUUGAGGAAAGAAAACAGAUUGUAAUCAAUUGAUAGAGUUUUUCCUUUCUUUCCCUUGUGACACUGAGAAGGAACACCUAGUUUCUUGUAUUAUUGCUAAUAAUGCAUAGCGAU